AUGAUCUUUGCGCGCAUUCUUGCCAUUGCGACAGCAGCGGUCGUGCCCGUAUUGGCUCUGCCUGGCGUCAGCAGCGAUGCCAUGCUCAACCUUUACAAGCGCCAGAUCUCCGCCUCCGAGACUGGCACCAACAACGGCUAUUACUAUUCCUUCUGGACCGAUGGCGGCGGCUCUGUGAGCUACACCAACGGUGACGCCGGAAGCUACAGUGUCACCUGGCAGGACAGCGGCAACUUUGUUGCUGGCAAGGGCUGGAACCCAGGAGAGGGCCAGAGCGUGACAUACGACGGCACCUGGGAGCCCAACGGUAACAGCUAUGUUUCCGUGUAUGGCUGGACCACCUCGCCUCUGAUUGAGUAUUACAUUGUCGAGGCAUUCAGCACCUACGACCCCUCCAGCGAGGCGGAGCAACUGGGCUCGAUUGAGAGUGAUGGCAGCACUUACUCCAUCUUCAAGACUACUAGGACCAAUGCGCCCAGCAUCGAGGGUACUGCAACCUUCACGCAGUUCUGGUCUGUUCGCGCCGACCACCGCACCAGCGGCACAGUUACCGUGCAGAACCAUUUUGAUGCUUGGUCUCAGAGUGGCUUGGAGCUUGGCUCCCCCAACUACAUGAUUCUUGCUACUGAGGGAUAUCAGUCGAGCGGCUCGGCGUCCUUCACUAUCUCCUAA